AUGCCAAGUGUGGCUGUAAAACUCUACAGCAUAUUCUUUAAGUUCCUCUUGAAGCACCGUUUACAAAACCGGAUUCAAGCCCAACCCGACAAUAACUCCAACUCGUUUGGUAUCACUUCACGACCCGAAGAAUCCGUCGCUAACUCUAACCCUUCUUUUACCGACGACGUCGCCACCAAGGAUAUCCACAUCGAUCCUUUCACUUCUCUCUCUAUCCGAAUCUUUCUUCCUCACUCCGCUCUUUCUCCUCCUGAGCCUCAUUCCAAACCUAACUCCAAACCUAAACAACAAGCUCUCGAACCUGGAUAUGUACGGAGAAGUAGCUAUGGUCCUCCGUUCAGGGAAGAGAAGCUCCGAGGGAGGAAUAGUAACGCUGUUGAGGGUUUGAAUUUGAUGGGCGCUGGUGUUGAAACCGGUGCCGGUUUGUACCGUGGUUACUCGCUGGCGUUGGAUAAUCGGCGGAGGAAAUUACCAGUGAUGUUGCAGUUUCAUGGUGGGGGGUGGGUUAGUGGUAGUAAUGAUUCGGUGGCGAAUGAUUUGUUUUGUCGGCGGAUCGCCAAGCUUUGUGAUGUGAUUGUCGUUGCGGUUGGCUAUAGGUUGGCGCCGGAGAGUAGGUAUCCGGCUGCGUUUGAGGAUGGGUUGAAGGUGUUGAAUUGGUUGGCCAAGCAGGAGAAUUUGGCCGAGUGUAGUAAAUCUAUGGGGGUUGGUGGAGGAAGCCAUGGUGGUGGUGGUGGUGGGGAGUUUAACAAGGAUAAUCAUAGGCAUAUUGUUGAUUCUUUUGGUGCUUCAGUGGUGGAGCCUUGGUUGGCUAGUCAUGGAGAUCCAACAAGUGGUUUGUUAAGUUCUGAUACUCUAUACUGCCACUCACUGGCGGAGCCAGCGUCCGGCCAGCUAGGGCAGCUGCCCAGGCUCGGCCGCCUCGAAUCACUUUCAUGGAACCUCUCCCUCAAUACGAUGAACAAGACGACAACUCUUUCACUUUUCACUGCCUCCAAUGAACUUGAAGAAGCUCAUGCUAUCUUUCCUCUUCUGGCAUGCUCUUUGUGGAUGUCGUUUGGUGUAUAUGUAACUGGUGUGCUCUUUCAGACAGCUGCUUUUGUCUCCUUUUUGCUUAUUUCUCAUGGUUACUGUAUAAUGUGCGAGCACCUUUCUUUAAAUGAACGUCGUUCCACUGCCGCACUUGCAUGUGUCUUUUACUUGACUCUAGUUGGUUACAAGGCUUCUGUUCCAUACUUCACAGUAAGUUUCUUAGAUGGUCGUUAUAAUAUGCAAUCCGAUUGA